ACUGCAAAAAUGAUUUCUCCCUGAACUGUUUAAAAAAACUUCUAAUAAACGAGGCCAUGCAUGAGAGACAAAUGCAAAUUCCAUGGGUGCAGGUGGCCAAGGAAUUCGGGUCGUUCAGCGGGUACAUGUGGGGGCACGUGAACCACCGGCCGGUGGUGGGCAAGUACCGGCACCACAAGUACAUCCCGUUCCGGACGCCCAAGUCGGAGGCGGUGAGCAAGGACCUCGUCCGCCGGGGCUUCCGCCUCGUCGGCCCCGUCAUCGUCUACUCCUUCAUGCAGGCCGCCGGCAUGGCCAUCGACCACCUCGUCGACUGCUUCCGCUUCCCGGAGUGCGUCCGCCUCGCCGAGCGGUCCUGGGGCAUCACCAACAUCGCCGCGUAGCCGCCGGCCGGCCGGUCGUCGGCGGCGUGCUCGCUCGCUCGCUCGGCGCUCCAAUUUUUUUUUACACCUUCUUCUGGUGUCAUUUUCUUGAAGUGUGUGUGAAAUGUAGAGGAGUAAAUGCUAAGUUAUGAUGUAAUAAUUUUAUUUUCUCUUUAAACUUGAAAAGUUCUCCAGUAGUAGUACUGAAAUAGGGGCUGCAACAGGCUUGUGUAACAAUAAGGUUUUUUUCUAAGAUUUUUUUACCAAAUAUUAAUUCAGGUUGUUGAGCUUAA